AUGAAGGCUAGUGGAAGGCAGCUUCUGGGUUUGGUCUUUGCCAUCUUCGGCUCUCUUGGAUGCAUGGCCAUCUGCAUCGGCUCCACUUGGAAAUUUGCUCAGAAUAAUGGGCUGGGUUUGUGGAAGUACUGUGAGAGUCAGGACUAUUACUACGGGACAGCAUGUGAAGCUUAUAUUUCUCUGGAUGUACCUCAAGAACUGAAGGCUGCCAGAGUGCUCACCAUCAUGGCCAUCAUCAUCAAUGUUUUUGGUAUCAUGCUUGGUGUGGUAGGGGGCAACUGCACCACCAAUGAUCAGGAUGAAAGGCAAAAGACUAAAGAGGCCUUUGUUUCUGGAAUUGCCUUCAUCAUUGCAGGUGUCUUGGUGCUCAUACCAGUCUGCUGGACCACAAUCACCAUAGCUCAUGAAUCCUACAAUGAAGAAUACAGAAUGGGAGCUGCGCUCCACAUCGGGUGGGUGUCUGUAGGGCUGCUGAUACUGGGUGGAAGUCUCCUUUGCAGCUCCUGGCCACUCAAAAAGGAGACUAGCUAUGAUGUUAAGUACUCCCAACCUCCCUCUGUGUAA